CCCCAUUUUGCAUGGCGGCGGUCCGCGGAAGGUCGGCCUGAUAUGGGCUAUUUGCAAAACUGAAGCAAAGUCGGAGAACUUCGAAGUGGAGCAAAAGUUCGCGAUAAGGCGACUCCAUCUGAGCGGUGGUUCAGUUCGGAGUGAUGCGUUGAGCGGUGAAGAUCGUUUGGGGUGUGAAUGGUGCCAAAAUAUUUAGUUUUUUUUUUCUGUUAGACAGGUGCUAAUGAUAUCUAGCUAGUGAAAGUGACAGAAUAGUUUGAAAAGUGGAAUUGUGGUUCCAAGAUGGUGAUUGGCAGAAGGUUUGGUUGGUGGUUGAUCGUAGGGUUUUGCCUGCUGGAAGCUGCAACCGGCUUGAUUGAGGAAAGCAACGGAAGUGACGAGAAAAAUUUCUCCGACCUCGACGGCAAUCACCUCGACCAACAAAACUUCACCGCGGUAAAGUUCUUGAAACCCUCCUCCCCGCGAAGGCAACCCUUCCGCGUGGUCCAAGCCGAACGCGAAAAGAAACAUCUGGACCUGAACCUGGUGCGCAAGAAGCGCUUCAUCGGCAAUCUGCUGAAUCCAACGAAGAAAACCUUCCAAAACUGCACAACCCCGUCGGGAGUCAAGGGUCACUGCAAACGCUACCAGCACUGCCAGCAGCUCGACCCCAAGGAGCACAUCUGGAAGAUCCUCGGCCAACUCUGCGUCAUUGAGAACAUUGCCAUCGGCGUUUGCUGUCCGGAUGCGUUGACGGAGGGAACCGGUCCGGAGUUUAGCGCCCGGUUGCCUGCGCUCGGGGACGACGGGUACGAUCCGGUGGACGGAUUGGAUGGAACGAACAACAUCGAGUCGCGUGACGGUAUCGAUCGGCCCGAGGAACGCGGCUGUGGCAUUUCGACGAAGCAGUUGCCCAAGAUAUCCGGAGGUCGUCCGGCCGAUCCGGGCGAGUGGCCCUGGAUGGCAGCACUGAUUGCGAACCUCGGCCAGCAGUCGUUCUGCGGUGGGGUGUUGAUCACCGAUCGUCACGUGCUGACGGCCGCCCACUGCGUGCUGAACCUGAAGAUCAACCAGUUUCUGGUGAGGUUGGGAGAGUACGACUUCACGCGGUAUAAUGAGACCAGGUCGCGGGACUUUCGGGUGACGGAGAUCCGCUCCCACGCGGACUUUGAUCCGGUUAGCUACGAGAAUGACAUUGCGAUCUUGAAGCUGUUCCGGCCGUCGUUCUUCAACUCGUACAUCUGGCCAAUCUGCAUGCCCCCGUUGGACGACCUGUGGGACGGCUAUCGGGCGGUGGUCGUCGGCUGGGGCACUCAGUUCUUCGGUGGGCCACACUCGCGCGUGCUCAUGGAGGUUGCCAUUCCAAUUUGGUCCAACCGGGACUGCCAGGACGUGUACAUCAACCGGAUCUACGAGACGAGCAUCUGCGCCGGGGACUACCAGGGCGGUAAGGACUCGUGCCAGGGCGACAGCGGAGGCCCGUUGAUGGUGCAGCUGCCAAACAAGCGCUGGGUCACAGUCGGAAUCGUGUCCUGGGGAAUUCGCUGUGGUGAGGCGAACCAUCCGGGAAUCUACACCCGGGUCGGGUCGUACGUGCAGUGGAUCAUCGAAAAUGCCGUGUUUUGAGCGUAAUUAGAAAGCUUAUCUUGCUACCAAAAGUGGUGCAAAAGUGAACUCAUACCAAUGACUAUAAGAAAUAAACAAAUCGAUUAGUAGUAACCCUAA